UUUUGGACAUGAGCCAUGACGAGGAUGGCUCUGCAGAACAUGAUUGGCUUACUAUCAUAGCCGUACAAUACUUUCAAACGGUUCCACUGAGAUCUUUUGAUUGGCCCCAAAAUAUCCUGCAUAAGCUGGAUGUCUCUACACAAGAUGCUAUCCUGCGUGAAACCGUGCAAUCUGAACUGGGGAAAAGCUACCCACCAGAGGCUUCGUACUCACUGCGUUUUCUCAAAGCAAUCCUUGAAAAGGUCGAUGCGACUGGAGAGGAGCACUCUGAGGCUUUACUGCAAGCUUAUUUAGAGCUACUGUCUAAUGCCAGUGGCGACAAACUUACUGGUGAUCUGUCGCGUGCGUGCUACAAGUCGUACCCUCUGCCCACUAAGACCUCCUCGACUGUCUACUUAACUCUCCACGAAGAGCCAUUGAAAAUAUCGCAGGGUACCACUGGCUUGUGUACCUGGGAAGCGGCCCUUCGUUUUGCAGAGUAUCUGCUAAAUGCAGCACCAGAGGUUAUUCAGGGACGUAGAAUCCUAGAAUUAGGCGCGGGAGCAGGUCUCCUGGGACUAGUUUGCCUGUAUAUGGGUGCUUCCAGCGUUGAACUAACUGAUGUAGACGAGGGUGUACUGGAACGAUUGAAGGAGAAUGUGGACCUUAACAGCCAAAUGAUCAUAGAUCGAAUGGCGAGGGAUUUUGGAGGUCAUCAGAGCAAUCCGCCAAAUAUUCGAGUGUCCAAACUGGAUUGGGAAUCAGUUGACUUUGAUGAUAUCGCCUCCCGAAAUGCAGAGAUCAUUGUUUGCGCGGAUGUUGUCUACGAUCCUAUUUUGAUUCCACCUUUGACGAGCGUGCUCGGCUCGUUACUGCGCACUCCACAUCAUGGUCAUCCCACUGGAUUCAGAGAAGGUUGGGUUGCGUUGACGAUGCGACAAGAGCAAACGUACAAGGAAUUCCUUAGUGCACUGACGAGGAAUAGAAUACGCUAUGAGCGCAUCCGGCUUGACCGCGUACCAAGAUUAUUUUAUCAUGAAGACAAUGUUGGGGAGGUAGCCCUGCUGCACUUGACUGUUGCUGAUAGUUGAUAGAGCUGUACUUUAAUCUGGAAUAUUGUCCACUUUCAUUUGUUUAUUUCCAUAAAAGUCAC